UUAGAUAUCCGCUAUAACCAGUUCAACUCCGCAUCGCAGAACAUUGAGAGAUAGUAUACCUACACUGGAGGGAGAGUAUAAGUUGCCGGAAUACACGACUGCAGCCUGGCCAGAGCGUUACAUUGAUCAUCGAAAGUCGAAAAAACUGAGUCGCCUUAUCACACCAGCACAGCGCGUGUGGUUCUCUUCAAAGUGUGAUAUCCUACGAUUCGAAUGUGGUUGAUAUCUCGAAACCAUUAGAGGCUGCAACGACUUCCGACGCUCUUCCGCAGGCCUCAAGGUGGGAACUUUUUCGGCUCAAUCCUUGGUUCCCGAUGGACUCUGGAGCGGCCUGAAACGGCUGUGAUACCCCGAGGACGACAUCGCGACCACCACCACCACCACCACCAUUGCACAGUAUCAGGGUAGUCGAUCGAUCGAGAAACAUGGCGCCUGCGCUGGCGUCGAGUUUUGAGACGGCGUCCGUCGCGGCGCCCUAGACCGCUUAGUGACUCCACUCUGCAUUCGGAGAGUGAGUACCGGGUGCUGGGCGGACGAGUUAGGGUCUAUCCGUUCAAAAAUAGAUUCCAAUUCGGUCCUGAGGAAGUGCCGGUAGGAGAUUGCCAAAGUUUUUCAAACACAGUUCCGCAGUUUUCGCCUAUCGUAAAUCGGAGAAGACAUGACGACGAUACGGGCCCGAGGAAUGCUUCCGUCAGACUCGAGUUAACGUUGCUACGUCCGAUGAGUAUUUGUUCAAUGUGAACCCAGUCAUAAUUCGACUCGCCCGCAUCACGACGACGACGACGACAACGAAUACGACCAGUGUUGGAAUCGGAGCAGAUCAACGUCCGCCCUGAUGUCUGAUCGCCACCUGCAGACAUGGCAUGAUAUAAGGAAGCUUGUAGCCUCUGCAGGAGUACCAGCGUAUUCGACGGUCUUCACUGUCCUGCAGGGCACCCGUCAGCAUCGAAUCAAAUGCCGACAUCUCCAUGUAUGACAUAACUUCGAGCCGGACGUCUGGAACUCUAUUAGAGAGCCUUGGGCAUGGGGGCCCGGCGGGGGGGUCCCGGAGGCGGCCGGAGCGCCGGAGUCCUGAAGGAGAGGGCGAACAUGUCCUUCAUGCUGGUGGUGAUGUUCUUCGCGGUCUUUGGCCUGAUCGUUCUGACCGAGAUAUUUCUCAUCGACGACAGGCAUGGCUCAAAUGUCGGAGGUACUGGGGCACUUGGCGGUCAUAGAAACGGUCACAGAAAUGGUCACAGGCUGAUCGCCGCCCCGGACAGACCAGAUUACGAGGAGGUUGGGGCCGAAGAUUACACCGGAGUCAAGGGUGGCUUCGACGACCAUGUUGGACUCCUUGUCAAGGAUACUGCGGAGGGUGGAAAACCGGUCGCAUCCCUCGCCGAUCCUCGCGGAUUACCCAGCCUCCCUACAAACGUGGAAUCCCGUCUGCCCCAUCUUAAUCAGAGCCUGAGACUGACCCACGCCGAUUGGCUGAACGUGACAAACACCAGGUUCAAGUUCUUCGUCUAUUCAGCCUAUUACGAUAACCGUGCGAACGGCGGCGAGGGUCCGGGAUUGAUCAGGGUCAUCGGGGCCACCAAAACCAGGGGACCGGAACAAGUUUGGUGCCGGUUGUGGUACAAUUUGCAUGCGACCGGUAACGCCACGGCAUCUAUUACGGUUUCCGCUAAGGUCAAGACAAUUCGGGAGAAUUGGAAUCUCAAGUACAGCGCGACCUUCGUAAUUUGUCCACUGCCAAAAACGCCUCCAGAAACGGCGGAGGGUCCGGUUCCAAACGCAGUUCCGAAUUCGGUUAGCGUUGUGUCGAGGCUAAAAGCCCCGCCGGCGCACAGGAUUCUGAUACAAAAUCGCCCCUCCGACAGGCCGAAUAAAAAGGAGCCUCUGGCUGUCUGCGUGAAGCCGUUGCACUUCGAGUUCAACAGGGUCAUGCAGUUGAUUGAGUUCGUAGAACUACACCUGCUGCUGGGCGCGACUCACGUGACCCUCUAUAACGACACCCUGGGUCAGGAGGCUGGCUGCGUCAUCAGGGACUACGAGUCUCGCUCGGCACCCGGGAGCGACUAUCCCCUGGUGACGUUACUCCCAUGGCAUCACCUCGACAUGAUUUCUCAGCUCGAAAUACGGACCGAGGGUCUGUUCGCCGCACUUAACGACUGUUUGUACCGGUCCAUGUACCAGUUCGAGUACGUCGCUUUUCUCGACCUCGACGAGUACAUCAUUCCCAGACACAACGACACGAUACCCGAACUCAUAAGGUGGUUGGGAAAGAGGGUCAGCACCAAGUCAACCGGCUCUUAUUCAUUUCAAAACGCAUUCUUCUACCUGCAAUGGGGCGACGACCCGAGCGUGAAGCAGAGCCAAACGGCCGAGGAAGCGGCGUUGAUAACGUUGAGAAAAACGCGUCGAAAAACGAAGCUUCACCCGCACAAACAGCGCUCGAAGUACAUCUGUAAGCCGGAGCACAUCGUCGAGGCCGGUAAUCACUUUGUAUGGGAAUUCGCACCUGGACACGGGACCCUGAACGUCCCGGCCGAGGCGGCCAUCCUCCACCAUUACAGGGUCUGCGAAUUCGGCGGCGAUGACUGCGUAAAGACUCAGUCCAUUGUCGAUAAAACAGCCUACAGGUACGGCCAGGAUUUGGCCAGGAACGUCAGGACGAGGUACGCCGAGCUCAAGGAGAAGUGCUCACUCCCAGACCUCGAACCCGUUCCUGCGGCCCCGGCGACCCUGACCGAAUCUAAACCCCAAACCUCGCCGCUGGUACAGCCUGCGAGCAGGUAGCGAAAACCCGAUGUUAUUCCCGAAUUUUACGUGAAAAAUUUCCACGGGACACCGAUAAUAGCGAGGACGUAUUUUUACAGCUAUAAUUACAACGUUGACGACAAAAACAACAACAAUCAUUUUUGACAACAGCCUUAUAAUAUUAAAAAAGUUUCAUUUAUGAUUUAUAAUUCCCUUUUACUUUUAGAAGGAUGUAAUUUUAUUUCAAUACUGUUUUCAACAAACUUUCCGGUUGCCUGCAAAUUGUAUUUACUUAUUUAUUUAUCUGGUUAUACCUAUUACUUCUGCAGUUAAUACCGUACUUUUCCCUCGUCAUCUUCUUAUGUUGAACGACGAAAAUAACUAUCCAAUUAGAGGUAUUUAUUAUUUCAAUAUACAGAUAGGGAAUUGAGAUCUGUGUUUAUAUGAGUGAUCAACUAUUAUCGGAUCAUUAUUAUUGUUAAUUUUUAUUCCGUGAUCGCGCAACGUUAAUCUAUAAUGGUGAUAAAGAUAGACGAUCGAUCGAUCGAUUGAAUUAUUAAUUGAUUAAUUAAUUAAUUAAAGAGACAAUUAAUCAACCACACGAUUAUAACGUGCCGUGUGUGAAAGAAAAAUUGAAUUAUAAAAUGAACAAUUUUUAUGCAUAAUAUAAUAUAUAAUAUAAUAUUUAAACAAUAUGUGCGACGUGUUCAGUCGACGAAAUAAUACGAUAUUAUAAAACUAAUAAUAAUAAUAAUAAUAAUAACAAUAAUAACAAUGAUAAUUAAUAAUAAUAUGCGGUGAGAUAUGUAAUAUGAUUGUAUAAUUAUGUGAAGAUAUGUUUGUAUUUAAAAUAUGAAAAACUAAACCGGGCGAAACUGAAGGUACAGAAGAUGCAAACUCCCCGAAAAGACGACGAGAACAAUAAACGGAAAGAAGAGGAGCAAAAAGUGAAGGAAUAAAAUAAUAAUUACCGUAGACUGACGAUAUUUUUCUACGAAGAAAGAUUAUCUCGUAUAAUUAAUUGUAUGUAUAUGUAUAUUUAAAAAAGGCCUUGCCUCGAAUUAGUUUGGAUCUGGUGCUUGUUUGCAAUUUUAUAAUAAUAUGUAAUUUUAUAUAUAUUGAUUUUUAUUUACCGCGUCACGUAUACAUAUACAUUAUACAUAUUUAUACGUGUAAUUAGGGGAUAGAAACAUACGUACCUAUCUAUAUUAUGUACGUAUGUCACGCAGCAUUGAAUUUAGAAAGUUCGAACGUCUUUCGAACUGAUAACGCAAAAGUCAAUCGAAUAUUCGUGAAAACCAAAGAUCGUAAUCGUACUGUAUACAGGAAAAUUAAAAACAAAGUCCUGCACACCCGUACAAGAAUUGCAGCCUAAUGAU